CGAGCACCGUCUGACUUACACUUCUGUAAUGUUGCGAAUUAAAGCUGCUUAUAGCGUCCAAAUCACAGUCUGCAGCUGCACAUGUGAAGCUGUGGUCACAUCCUGUUGUGGAUCAGUGUUUUUAAUGUUCCAGAAGUUUGUGGUGUGAAAAGUUGCAGUCCAGCGUGGGUCAGUGUGGAAGGGUUAGUGUGAAGGUAGAUCGCUAGGAGCUGUAGUGACCUUGGGACUGUUUGCUGAGGGCAGAACAUAAUUCCUGAAGGGACACAUGGUCUAGAGUGACAAGGCCAUCUGCUGUAGCGCCAGCAGUAGGAGGAAGGUGGAGGGGGUUGGACACAGGGGUGCUGAGAAUUCCUUUCGCUGGGGUGUGGAGGGAGUAGAUAUUCUGGGAUAUUGCUGCUAGCGCUCCGCCGGGAAACGUGUUUCUUUGACGUUUUUCAAAGGGAAAUCUGACGGAGAAUUUCUGAACACUUGAUGGUGAGAGUGGAUCACUGCGUGGUUAAAUGGGGAAGACAUUUUCUCGGGCCUCCAGCUCUCCACGAAGCAUAUGGUGAUAAUGGUCUUGGUGUGUCUCCGUUUUACUUCGGUGGAUCCAGUUUCCUUUCCAUCUCAGCACAGCCGGAGCUGAUAGAGCGGGAUCUGGUAGGCCUUCUGGCACCGACCUCUCAGAGGAUCAUCUUCUUUGGAGUUGUACUGUGCAUGGCAAGGAUCUACUUGCUUGCUGCCUCACUGAAAGUGCAUGGCCUAAACGAAUGAAUAUUUUUAUGAGGCGCCUUGCACCAGAGAUGGGCCAGGACCAAACCAAGCAGCAGAUAGAGAAGGGCCUGAGGUUGUAUCAGUCUAAUCAGACAGACAAAGCCCUGCAUGUGUGGACAAAAGUGCUGGAAAAGACCUCAGAUCCUGGAGGGAAAUUUCGGGUGCUCGGGUGCCUGAUCACAGCUCACUCAGAAAUGGGAAAAUACAAAGAAAUGCUCAAGUAUGCCCUUGAUCAAAUUGACACAGCCAGAGAAAUGGAGGACCCAGACUACCUGACAGAGGGCUACCUGAACUUGGCCCGCAGCAAUGAGAAGCUGUGUGACUUCCAGAAGACGGUGUCGUACUGUAAGACUUGCUUAAACAUGCAGGGUACCACUGUGAGCUUGCAGCUUAACGGCCAGGUAUGUCUUAGCAUGGGCAACGCCUUCCUGGGCCUCAGUGUCUUCCAGAAGGCGCUGGAGAGCUAUGAGAAGGCCCUGCGCUAUGCACACAACAACGACGACAAAAUGCUGGAGUGCAGAGUCUGCUGCAGUCUGGGAAACAUCUAUGUCCACCUUAAGGACUAUGAGAAAGCCCUGUUCUUCCCCUGCAAAGCAGCUGAGCUUGUCAAUGACUAUGGCAAAGGUUGGAGCCUCAAGUAUCGAGCCAUGAGCCAGUACCACAUGUCUGUCGCCUACAGGAAGCUGGAGCGCCUGCCAGACGCCAUGGAGUGCUGUGAGGAAUCUAUGAAGAUUGCUCUCCAGCACGGUGACCGUCCCCUACAGGCUCUGUGCUUACUAAACUUUGCCGACAUCCACCGCUGCAGGCAUGACGUUGAUAAAGCAUUCCCUCGUUAUGAGUCUGCUCUGGGUAUCAUGACUGAGAUUGGAAACCGUCUUGGACAAUCACAUGUCUAUCUGGGAGUCGCAAAGUGUUGGCUUCUGCAGAAAGACUAUGAGAAGGCUCUUGAUUCUUUGCAGCGAGCACAGGAACUGGCAGAUGGAAUGGGAAACAAGCUGUGCACGCUGAAGGUUCACUGCCUGAGUGAGGGGAUCUACCGAAGCCAGGGGCAGCAGGAGGAGCUCAGAGAGCAGGUGGUGAAGUUCCUGCAGUGCGUCGAGGAGCUGGAGCUGUACUGUGGCAUGUGUGGAGAGUCCAUUGGGGACAGGGACCAAAAACUGCAGGCCUUACCCUGUUCCCACAUUUUCCAUCUCAAGUGUCUGCAGACAAACGGGACAAAGGGUUGUCCCAAAUGCUUCAAGUCCUCCAUGAAGCCUGGAUUUGUGUGAUUGUGACACUGUGUUUGUGCCUUGGAUCCGCAGACACAGCAAUGAUGCCUCACAGGCUCCUGACUGAUCUGAGAGCAGCAGGCAGCCUCAGGAUGUGCUGAAGAUGUUUAAGGGAGUAACAAUUCGCUGCUCUGCGCAGAGGAUGCUGAACUGAUCCCAGAGCGUCCCAGAGUGCAGCUCAGAGGACACGAUCGAGGCUUCAUCGUAUUUAGACAUCAGUCUGAAGCUGACAGAGGAGAUAUUGCUGGCAGCGUUACAUUUCAAGAUAAGCUGAAGAGCCCACGUCAUCUCUGAUGACUGGCCAUUUGAUGCAGCAUUUUAAUAGGAUAUGGACCGUCAGAAGAACAUUUAUAACUUUAGUGUAUUGGCUAUUUUAUGCUUUAGAAUUGUUUGGUAAAAAUGAGAUGAAAUCAUCUUUGGAAGAGGAAUUCAGUGAUGUCUCAGCAAUCUUAGUGACACAGCUUGUCGUUCAAACUCAGCUUCUUUACACCACAUCCAGUUGUUCUUUACUCAACAGUUGAGCCAUUUCUGAAUUUACCUGAUUGCAUUCAUAUUAUAUUUAUUGUUGUAUUCAUGUACAUACUAUUCUCAUGUUAAUUUGUUUGAUUUAUCUGAGAUGUUUUGUAAAACCUAAAACAAACUAAAAUCUCUUAACCAUUCAAAAACUAGUGUCUUUACAAAACAGGUACAUGCAGCUGUUUUUUCCUUAUUCACAGAGAUUAAGGAGCAGGAUCAACACACAUUGUGUUAAUAGAAAUUCCUUUUCUUUUCAUUUCUGCGAAUGUUUUUCUCUUAACUCUGAUAUCGACAUAUUGUUGCAGUUUAAGAUCAAAUAUUCUUGAGAAGGAAACCUAUUGGGAAAGGAUCUUUGACCAAUCACACACUUAUUAUAUAAUAUAUAAUUAUUUAGGGGAGAUGCAUACAGUAUGUUUUAAUGUAGUGUAUUUGUAGUUACUUGUACAUAUGAAUUCAAUGGUCAAAUUAUGUCAGUGGUCACGAUUAAUUACUUGCAAAGGCAUUGUGAUUUCAAGGGGAUUUUGAGGGGAAAAGCUCGAAAACCUGAGCUAUCAUAUCAGUGAGUGGUUGCAUGUUUUAUUUACAAUGGCGAGAAACAGGAUUAGAUCACGAUCAUGAGUCCGUGUACCUGCGUAUUUACUUAUUUCACUUGUUUAUUAUAGUAUUUCUUAAUAUUCAGUGACUUUUAUCGUUCAUAUUCCUCAUAAAUUGUUCGGUUUUAGACAUAUUGUGAGUGGGGGGUCAUUUUAAUAUACAGUUAAAACACUGAAAGCUCCUUUUUACUAAAUUUCUUUUGAAAACUGUGCCCUAACUUGAAUGGGAGAUAUUCAUGAGUUCAUACUGUAUCGUGAAAACAGGAGAAAUUCUUGGUACUGCGUUAACAAAUGCCAUUUUUUAAACAUUCUUAGUUAAAGCAAAGAGGUACAAAAAAUAUUGCGGACUUGAGGAGUACACACAAUGCUGUAGCUCUAAAUUUAAGGUUUUUUUUUUUCUCUUCAUACAAAAUAUGAGCAGCGUGAGAGGAGACAAGAAGUUUGCUUUUACUGCACAGGCACUUAUAUAUCUCAUUUUAAGAACAUUACUUGAGCUCACUUUUCAGCAGCAUCUGACUCUCUCUUUUUUGAGGUUUCUGAUUCAUUGUCUGUUUACCUGCAGCACAGUCAGUGUAAAGCAUAGAUAUCAUCUACAGCUUCUUCUUGGUUCUGGGGUAAAGAAACCAUUUUACAGUACAGCCGCUUAUCUUUAACAGUUUAAACUACCUCUGUUUUUGCCUCCAAGCUUUGAGGAUACAUGCAGUAAUAUCACAACAUUUAAAUCCAUGUAGAUUUGUAUUUUUUUUCUAGACGUCAUGUUGAUAUAACCGUGAUUUAUUUGAUUUAGAGUCUGACUACAAUGCAUUGUUAAUAUAUUUAUGCAUUUAGUCAAACCAUGUUACUGUGUCAAAUAUGGAAACAUUUCAAUAUGGAAAAUAAAGUACACUGAACGUGAA